AUGACGACUGGAUCAAAUGAUUUCUACUAUUCGAACAAGUACGAGGACGAUGAAUACGAGUAUAGACACGUUCAUGUCACCAAGGAUGUCGCCAAACUGAUUCCAAAGAAUCGUCUGAUGUCGGAAACCGAAUGGAGAAGUCUCGGAAUUCAGCAGUCUCCCGGAUGGAUUCACUACAUGAUUCAUGGACCAGAACGUCACGUGCUUCUCUUCCGUCGGCCAUUGCCAAACGCUCAGAAGACAGUUCGAGGUGGUGGUGGAACGUCUGCUGUUGGAGUUCGCUAG